AUGAGAUUCACUCUUCCUUAUUUUAACGGACGGCGUCCUCAAUCUGAGAAAAAAGUUCCGUUUAAAGUUCUUAAACCUUUAGUAUUAAGUAAUCGUGUAUCUCAUAAAGGAAGUGAUAUACCAGGUAAAGGUUGUUUACACGAGUUGACAAUACUUUUAACUUGUCUUAGAGAAAAAGAGUUCAAUAAUUUUGAUUGCACAAAAGAACUUGCAUCGUUCGAACAAUGUAACAAAAAAUUUGCAAAAUUGAGUAGAGACAUGAAAACUCUACGGUCACAAACAAUGCCUGUUCCUAAUUCAAAAGUUCAUUCUUCUAAACAAAUCUCCCAUUUAUUAAAUUUAUUUCCUACGCAAUAA